UCUAUGGUUUUCAAUUUCAUUCAAGAAAGCUGGCGGGUGUGCAAAUGUGUUGAAAUAAAAGUGGCAAUUAAUCCUAAAACAAGUAAAAGUGUUAAAAUACGUAAAAUCAGUUAAUGCAAUAGUCAAGGGCUGAGGGCGCGGCGAGUGGCUAGACGGCAUCAUGGACGACGACCAACAGUUCUGCCUGAGGUGGAACAACCAUCAGUCGACGCUGGUGUCUGUUUUCGACACUCUUCUCGAGAAGGGUAUGCACGUGGACUGCACCCUGGCUGCCGAGGGUCAAACGCUGAAGGCGCACAAAGUGGUGCUGUCGGCAUGCAGUCCCUAUUUCGAGAGUGUAUUAUCACAGCAGUAUGAUAAGCAUCCAAUAAUUAUCCUCAAGGAUGUAAAAUAUGCUGAGUUGAGGGCAAUGAUGGAUUACAUGUACCGCGGUGAGGUCAACAUAUCUCAAGACCAGUUGGCCGCACUGCUCAAAGCCGCAGAGUCCCUACAGAUCAAGGGGCUGUCUGACAACAAACCCUCAAGGCCACCGUCGCGCCCUGCGCAGGCUGUUGCUGCACACCCGCCUCGUGCCCCCUCACCACCACCACAGGCCCGAGACGGUAGCAUAGACAGCAGCCGUGAAGGGUCAGUAAGUCCAACACGACGUCGGAAGAAAGCGCGCCGCAUGUCGAACGAGUUGCCGGCCGCGCCGCUGCCGCCGCCCAAUGACAAUGCGCAGGGCAACGGCGACGACGCCGCCACCUGCAAAGAGGAGCUGCAGCGAGACGGCGUGGAAGACCUGACACUUGAUGACGAACCCGACGAACAGCCCGCCGUUGCACACAACGACGUAGUACGCAAUUUCCAAUGGCACAUGGAACGAUCUCAAGAUGACAUAAUGAACUCGAGCGACGGCGCGCGAGAGUCGCAAGGCGGCGGCGCGGCGCCCGAGGACGUGUCGUUCAGCAGGAUCGGCGGCCUGUCCUGGGACCAGUGGUCGGCGCGGCUGGCGCUGCCCUUCGCCGGCCUGCGCUCGCCCGUGCCGCUGCCGCAGCCGGGCGAGCCCAGCUUCACGUGCCCCGACUGCGGCCGCGUGUACAAGCUCAAGUCGUCGCUGCGCAACCACCAGAAGUGGGAGUGCGGCAAGGAGCCGCAGUUCCAGUGCCCCUACUGCGUGUACCGCGCCAAGCAGAAGAUGCACAUCGCGCGCCACAUGGAGCGCAUGCACCGCGAGGUGCACAUGAAGCCCGAGCAGUACAUCAAGCAGGACAACGUCGACGCCUGCACAUAGCGAGCGAACGCCUUAGUCACUUAAUAAAUACUCCAUAUUUAAUAAGAACGUUGAACGAUGAUAUAUUAGGUUUUACAUAUCAUUUGUCUAUUAAAGUUGACUAGAUACCAUUUUUGAUAUAUCUAUUUUGGCGUUAUCGGAUCGUUAGUAUUUGUUAAAUUUGAAAAUAUUCAACACAUAUAGAUAGAGAAGUUCUAACAAAUUCCCAAGUUAUCCCUAUUGUGAUAAAUGUGAUGAAAUCUCUUUUGUGAUAGUGGCGUCAGACAGUCACGUUAGAUAUAAUCGCCAUUCGUGAGGUCACAAACAGUGCCUUAAGUCGUUACCUAAUCGAGUAAUUAACGUAACAAUCGAAGUUAUGAUGACGAAAUAUAGAUACCUUAAUAAACUUGAACAAAUUGACGAAUUACUAAUAGUAUUCACGCUGUUACACGAUUGUAGCAGUGUUUGCAACUAUUGCAUUUAUCCAGUAAUGUUAAGUCGAAAAGUGAUUUUGUAUAGUUACGGUUUUACUCUCUUUUAUAUUUUUUUAUGUACAGCAUUUAAUAUUGUAAACUAUCAUUCCUGGUUUCGUGUACGUAGAUAUGAGGCGGUAGUUUGAGUAAAUACAAGUGGUUUUGGAUUAAUUUUGUUACCAAUCGCAGUUACUAUCUUCUAAAUCAGAAUUUAUAGAUAAUUAUGAGUCAGUUAUGUUACAGCAUCGAGUAAAAAUAUAUGACUGGAACUUAGAAAAGCCAAAUUGUAUUCAAUUUGUGCGGCACGGCUUGUCGAGUUGUGAUGAUUGGGAUUGAUAAUGUUGUAUUCGGGUGUACUUGACGAACACACGAUCGUUUAUAAGUUCUAUGCCUAUUGUAUAUCAUAGAUUUAAUGAAAAUGAAGCUAUUUUCGCUUAGUUAGCAAGCACUAGUUCUUUGCCAUAAAUGCAUGUUCCAUUAUUAUUGUAAUACUCAUAAGUUAAUUUUUUUAUUUCAAUUUAUUUUUAGAUCUCUUUACAUCUAAUGCAUUUAUAUUAUUUUUAAUUUAAGCUUGAUAUGUUUCUGUCGUAAAAUGUGUGAAGAUUGGUUACUCUUUAGUUCCUCGAAAUGAAUAUCUGUUAGUUCUGUAUUGGAUGUUAUAUUUGGGGCCAAUUUAUUAUUGAAAUAUAAGGCCAGGAGAGAGCCUUAAUUGAUUGUUGAUUUUUUUGAAAUUAGACACUGCCAUUACAGCGUUGUUACAAUGAGUGAAGCACAAUCAUGUUGGUAUGUCAGGGAAGUCCCGUUAAUCUUCCACAUAGAUAUAAGUAUUUUAUACAUUACCAUUUAGAAAUUAUUUUAAGUAUAGGCAGUGGUAGCAUGUAUGUAAACUCAUGCCGUCGUAGCUCUAGCCAACCGUUUACAGACAUACUGACGCGAGACAUACCGAGUUACAAUCGAGUGAAUUUACCAACAAACUACCACAUUAGAUUAUUAUCCGCUGGAGUUACCAUCAUACAAUCAAAAUGUAGAUUCACAAAGUACAACCAUAUAAAUCUUGUCAGUAUAAAACUAAGUGCCUUCAAAAGUUAGUCAUUAGGGGUUAAAAUGUUUCAGAUUUAAUUACCGUUCGGUUCAAUCAAGAAUGACUCGUAACUUAUUGCAAAAUUUCUAGGUUGUGAUAAAAUAACCGUAAUACGACGUCAACCAUUUUAUACAAAAAGGUUAAAUGAUAGUGCUUAUUGACUAUAGUAGUUAUACAAAGUUAUACUCUUGACAAAACAUAUACAACUUAUUUUUAUACACAAUAAUACACAAAUAGCUGUGAUAAAGGAAAAAUGCUGUUAGUAGAUGAAAGGCAGGGCAGGAAUUCAGGAGUCUACUAAGACAUGCUCUGUGUAUCAGUAUCAUGACCCAAGUGAUGUUACGAACAAACCUAGUUACUCUUAUACUUAUAAGAAAUUACUACCUAGAAUAUUUUUGUAGUUAUUGUAGAUACAAUUUACUGUCAAUAAGAAGUUACAGUGAUUAAAAUGCAUUUGAUUGUAUUUUUUAUAACCUUUUUUGUAUUUUAAAUAAAGUUGCUAUUCUUGGUA